AUGGAACAAACUAAAAGAUCAUGGAAUAACACUAUAGAUAAUUAUGAUGAUAACAAAAGGAAAAAAAUAAAUAUAACAACAGUCGAAACAGACUAUUCAACAAAAGAGUAUUUUACUACUAAUGAAGAUCUUUCAAAUGAACUUAUUUAUGAAAUAUUUGAAUUUCUUGAUGAUCAUCAUGUAUUUCAAACUUCAUUUAUUAUCAUAUCUAUUGAUAAUAUUAAAAAUCAAAAUGAUAUUUAUUAUAAAAUAUUUCGUUUACCUACAUUAAAAUAUUGUCAAUUAUUAAUUGAAACAUUACGAUAUCUCAGACCAUUGUCUAUCGCUAAAAAUGAAUUUAGUUUUAUCGAACAUCUUGUCAUUAAUAAUAAAAUUUCAAUUAAUCAACUUAAUAGUUUAUUAUCAUUUGUUCCACAACUUCGUCGUUUAUCAAUUGGGUAUUUAGAUGGAUAUAGAUACAAUCGAACACACAAAAAUUAUUUAAAUGCUGAUCAAUGGGAACGAUUAAUUUCAACUUAUAUGCCAAAUAUGCGUACUUUUGUCUUCAAACAUAAAUUUCGUUCAUACUAUCAAAAUAUUGAUCGAACAGCAUAUAAAACCCAGAUCAUAUUUAAUACAAAUAAUGUUAAAAAUAUAACAAUUAGUAAAGAACUUACGUUAGACAUAAUUCAACUAUUUACUAUUCUCUUUUCUCGAAUACAAUAUCUUACAAUUAAUUUAUACGAAGAAGCUUUAGAACCGAUAGCACGAUUUCUAUUAUCAAAACCUAAUGACAAUACACGUCAUUUAGCAUUAUUAUGUAUUUCAAAGUAA